CGCCCGAGUCGCAGCGUCUCGCUGGUUGGCUUUGUUCCAUUUCCCGCCUUUCCACUUUCGCUUCUCCUCCACCACGUCGAUUCUCUUCCGCCCUCUUUGCCCAUUUGAUUUGAUUCACCAGCAGCAUCACCAGAAUAUCCUCAUCGCCUACACUUUCACUCGCAUUCACGACUUGUUGCAUUAUUCUCGUUAUUCAGCAGCUCUCCGAUAAGCAGCACGCCUCGUCUUCCAUCGCAUCCUUUCCCGCGACUCGCCCUCACCAAAGUCUCUCUCGCCCCCCGCCCACGCUGCGCCUCUCGCUGCUCUUGAAUCAACGCUGUGCUCUCCCCUGACGCUUGGCGAAUUCCGAUCCUCUUGGACGCCGCAAAAACAACAAAGAAAUUAUACAGAAAUAAUCGCGAUCUCGAAUAUCUACGAAUCUCUUUAAUUUCCACCUCUUAUAUCAUUGCGACCGCUAUAGCACAACACCCGCUAGCGCUCUCCGAAGAGCCCGCCCCCGUCGGCCGUCGCUCAACCUCUUUCGAAGCCGGUACCCCAUUGCCACACCUCCCAUAACGUAUAGCUCUAUCAUGACUGUCCACUCUUGAAGAGGGCGACCCUACAACAUGUCUUUAAGUGACAUUGUCAACGUCGUGCUCCUCUUCAGUAACCCGGUAUGGAAUGGCGCGAAUACGAUUCCGUCAACAAUCAUUCGAAACAUUACCAAUGGCCCGACAAGUAGCUUAGCCUACCAAGAGGAUCUCAAGACGAAUAUUACAACACUAAGCACAUCAAACGCACAAACACUCAACGGCGUCAUACAAGGGUUUAUGUAUGUACCGGAUAUUACCAACACACCCUCCUGCAACGUGCAGCAGUACGACUACAUACCGCACAAUGUCACUCGAGCGCCUCAACUCCCACCGUCAAAUUUCAACCGAAUUGGACUUGCGCCGUGGUUUAGCGUAGACUGCACGCAAGCAUAUCUAAACGCCGCUCGUUUUGACCCCAUACGAGCUUUUAUAUUUUACAAACCCGAUAACUCAACCGAUAAACCUCCAGGGCCUUCCGACGAUGCUUGGGAUCUUGAAGAUCGCGGCGCUUGGCGCGACAGCAACUUUCCCAUCUUUGCCAUUCCUGGACUGGCAGGCGAGAGAAUGAUGGAGCAGCUAAGUCUCUACUCAGGCUCUGUUCUGGAAGUCCCGAACGGCAAAGAGCUCAUACAUUACGCGCAAAGCCCCCAGGACUACGUCCGCAUCUGGACCACUCUCAACAUACACCCCCCAAAGAGCAGCUAUCCGAUUUGGGUAUACUUCCUCAUUGUGAUCGGCGCUUUGAUAGGAGUCUUCGCUAUUGUCUGUCUGUUUCUACACUUUAGUCAGAGACGACGACGAGCGUCGCUCCGUCGCCGCGUUGAAUCUGGCGAAGUUGAUCUUGAGGCGAUGGGUAUUAAGCGACUCGCUGUUCCCGCUGCCCACGUCAAAAAUUUCCCAUUAUUUACUUAUACAAGCACACCGAUACACCUACCAAGAACACCGACUGCCGAGAGCGUUGUGGCAUCCUCCAGAUCUACACGAUCGUCGUCACGGCGUGGCCUUAGCCAUGACCACCGCGUUGAUUCAUUAGACACUGGACACACUGGCAAGACUCUGCGCAGUCAGCGAUCCGCUAUUAAUGGAGAAAUCGAUACAAUCGCGAGCAACUAUCAACCACACUGCCAUAUCUGCCUCGAAGCGUACGACAACAGGAUCACUAUUAUUCGCGAGCUUUCAUGCCACCAUAUAUUCCACCCAGUCUGCAUUGACGAAUUUCUUACUCGGAACAGCUCGCUGUGCCCCAUCUGCAAGCAGUCCAUGCUACCUCGAGGAUUCUGCCCCAAGAUUACAAAUAGCAUGGUUCGACGCGAGCGAGCAUUGCGCAAGCUGAGACAACAGGUUGAAAUCGAUGAAGAGUCUAUAGCCUCGGAAAGCAUCAAGCAGAGGUUAUGGAGCCGUCUGCGCUUCCGCCGCCACCCAAAGAGCGAUGCUAUGAACGAUUACCAAAUGUCCAGCAUGGAGGACGACAGCGUCAAGGCGCCUUCACCUGACAGCUCAAGCAACGAGCCUCAUUCACCUUCCGAACCUUCAUCUCCGGAUGCCCCAGCCACAGCUGAGCCAGUGCUGCCUCAGAAGCCAAGCGCUACAAAGAAGAAGGCCAAGACCAAGGGCUUACGACCGCGUCCUAUUAGCGUUAUGCCAACACAACCGGAAGAAGCCGUCUUGAAGACAACAGGCACUGUAGGCCGACAUAGCCCAUCGUCAUUUGCACGAGAGCGUAUGCGAGAGAUUGCUGAUAAGAACGCGCCGUUUGAAGAUCCAGACCUUUCCAGACCCGCAUGGCGUCGUGUAGUAACGAAAGUACUCCCCGGGCUGCUCUAAUGGGCGAACCAGGAGGGAGUGAUGGAGGUUGUUUUUAUUUUUUGGGACCCUGUAUGAUUUUAUAAGCGCGGCGUCGGCGUUUUUUUCUUUUCUUUUUCUACUUUUGGAUUGACAUCCGGGACCAAACCGAUGGAACGACGCGAUACUGCAUAUAUAUACGAUGCGAGUCAUGAUGAGACACACGGCCCUGGCGUUUAUUUUAUGGUGCCGAUUGAUUGGCAGGAAUUCUGAUAUUUUGGCAUUUUUUUUUUCAGUAUAGGGUGCAUGUAGUAGACUAAGCCUUGGGGCAUGAUAAAGAGACUACGUGGUUGAUUGUACGUACACUUUGACACUCCUGUAUCACAUAGAUUGCUUGUGCGGCUCCGUGCCAGUCUUAACUACACGGUAAAUUUGAAGUAAUUGCUUCAGAGGAAAAGAAACAACUAUCAAUAAUAAUUCGAUUGGCAUCAUCUAUUCAUAACGAUAUAUACCUAAAAACCCUGUAACAAUCCAUGUAUUCAUUUGCGCCACAUUUCGAGUGUUUGUAGGUGAAAAAUAAAAGUUGUCAGUAGGCAGGAAAGAGAAAAAGCGAAGGACAAUGAAAGGAAAAGAAUCAUCGGAUAACGUUCAUAAACAGUCUCAGUCUCUCUGAGAGUCAAUUAGGCGCUCGUCACCUCUAAUACCGCUCUUGACAAGCGCUUCUCGCACUCUGUCGUCUUCGGCUGCGCGGAUUCGAAUUCUAGCGGCUUCAAGACGCUCAAUACCACGGUCUAUGGUUUCAAUGUGAAUGCUCAGAGGGAGAGGUGUGCUAGACCCAAGGGAUGCUUGAAGUAGCUUUGGUGCUGCAACUCGCUCCCGCAAGUCUCCCAGGCCGGCCUGGAUCGCUUCAAGUUCAACAACAAGAGCACUAACUUGCGCGACGGCUGAGGUGCGUUGCGAAUCGACCUGGCGCAAGAGCGAGAGCUGCUCAGAGAGAUGAUGCAAGCGGCCGCUGUUGGCGCCGACGAGGGUCCAAAUGUUCCACAAGAUUUGGUCGCGGCGGGACGAGGUCGCGGCUGUAGAUCGAGAGGUAACGUCGUAUAUAAGAGAAAGGUGAUCUUCAGCUUUGGUGAGGAGGCGGAGGACGGCUUGCGCUUCGAUAAUGAGAGCAGCAAUGCGGUCAGAUAUCAGCGCAGUGUGCUCGAUAUACUUCUCGCGUAGAAUUUGCUCGCUGAAUUGCAUUUCGGUAGGCUGGAAAGGAUAGAAUAUCCAGCCUGUCCAAACGGCAAGAGCCGAGGAGGGCACAAGGCCUGUUUUGUCGUCCUCGACUGGCGCCAUGGAGUCAAUGUAGCGUGACGUCCAGCGGUUAAUGCUGAUAACUGCAUCAACAGCAGAGCCGACAUGGGUAUUGAAUCGCUGCAGAUCAGAUGCUGUCUGUCUUGACGUCUCGAUGUAACCGUCGAGUUCAAAGAUUAGCUCGUCCUUUGCAAGGACCUCGCUUUGUCGAAGAAGUGUUCGAAGAUCGCGGAGGGUCGUUUCCGAGCGCUUCAUCUCGAACGGCAGAGAAACACCAUCGGAACUCUUUUCCAGCACAUCCUCGAACUUUGAUUGAACCGUCACUAGAUCCUCAAAUUCCACCGGAGAAGCCUGUGAGUUGGGGCUGUCGGAUGGGAAAGUUGGGCAGAAGGGCAGGUUGAGGUAUGAGGUUCCUGGUAUGCGACAUAUCGGCGAUAGAGACGUGAAGAUGGAUCGUUGCACCAUAUUCUGGGUGAUAAUAACUGCACCGAAUGAGAGAUAGAUAGCCAGGAAGAAGGCAAGAGGGCGUUUUGCGUACAGGAAGGCUAGACCAACGACGCUUAGUGCCCAAUGAAUUGUGUUUUGCGCCCAAGUUGAGAAGUGCGACGAUAGACCGGUCGUUUCUGCUUUUGAAGCUGCUUCCUUUGCGCUUGGCCGUCUCUUUCCCCUGCGCUUGACAGGGCUGCCAGUGGCAAAGACGCCGCGCUGGCGUAGGUGCACGUCACUGAUGUAAGAGGUUUCGCGGGAACCGGAGCUGAUAAGCGCUCUGGCAGUGCGCGAGCUUCUGCCACUGCUGCGCCUGUCAUUUUCUAUGUCAAUCAAGGGCAUCCUAAACUCAGGAUCAGGCGUUCGAUAUUGCGACUUGUGUGGCGUCCCAACAAGACUGGGCACACUUGGGCGGAAUGGCUGGCGCAAGAUGACCUGGUCAUCUUCCUGGUGUUUAACAAAGUCGCGAAUACUGUCUGUUGAGCGCUGACUAAAUUGACUCUGAUUCUGGGAUGAGAAUUGCGAAGGAAAGCCAUCUGACGGCUGCUCGCUCGACAGUGGAAGCAGCACAUCAUCGUCAGAGACAGAUGGGAGAAUGCUGGUGUCGAAGCUGUCAUUUUCACCGUCGACGACUCGCCAGGAGUCCUCGACGCGCAUUGAUUGUCGCUUAGACGGCAUGGCUAUGCGCAGUUGCUUGCGCUGCGAGGGGCUGUUUCUGUAUUGUGCGUGUGCAAGUGUGUGUAAGAGUGCGACAGCGGCUUCAAGCUCGGAUGCGAAUGAUGCAAGGUCAUGCACGGCCGACAGACUUGAGGGAUAUAGUGCGCCUAUGAAGCAGCGGUCAAGUAAUGGGCCGGCCGCAAACAGACAAGAUCCUUUUUGGAAAAAGAAAGCAACGGGUUCGAGGCGGUCGUUCAAAGCGGCCGGCGCUUAGAAGAGCUGGCGAAGCAAAGUGAGACAGGACUACUUUUUAGGAGCUGGUUUAAAUAGAGCGUCGCGAACAAAGAAAAGAAAGACCCAGGUAGAUGAGUCAUGCGACCAUAUGACGCUGGAAAUCUAUGCCUGAAUGCGCGAGGCAAGGAGCGAUGAAGGAUGAUGAGAAAGCGAGAAGCGUAUCAGGCAGAAGCUGCAAUGCAGGCGGUGAUGUCGAUAUUCGCUUGGUGCAGCGGCUGCAGGGGCCUUUACAGGGGUUGGACGGCGGGUGGCGGGGGUGUUUUAGUGCUGAACAGCGGGAGCGGUGGCGACU